GUAGCCAGAAAAACCUGCAGAGACCGAGGGAAGUAAACGUAAACGCUGACCAACAUCUACCUGCACCGAGGGACCCUAAAGGCACACGCCCCAACACAGCGGACCAUGAAGACGUUGGUGGCUCUGCUGCUGCUGUUAGUGUGUGAUCCUGCACACACACACAGCGACUGCCAGACAGACUGCCUGUCCUGCAGCCACAUCCUGCCCAAACAGCUGCCCUUCAACACGCUGGUGUGUCUCACUGAGUGCGAAGCCAACGUCUCCCCGGCUUUCUCCUGGGACUUCUGUCGUAAAGUGCUUUCAUCGCCUAUUUCCUCUCUCACCGGUAUCAUACGGAAAAGAUCUCAGGAGGAGGCGGAGGCCCUGUUUCCAGAGGAGGAUGAACAGGAGGAGCAGGUGGCUGGAGAUCUGCUGCUGCCCUUUGCCUUGCAGAGUUACGAUCAUGUGACAAGAGCGCUCGAGAUGGACGAGAGGGAUCUGGGGGGAAAUGACGGUCCUCUGAACACAGCCUUCAAUUCCCAGAAUGAGGAUGAGUAUGAAGAGGAAGCGGGACAAGAAGAAGGAGCUGCUGCCUCAAGAGGACAAGGCGACGUAGGGCUGAGUGUCUCCAAGAGGUUCGGAGGAUUCGUCAAAGGGAGACACGGCUACAAGAAGCUGAUGUCUCCGGGAAGAUCGUACCAGAAGAGGUAUGGCGGCUUCAUCGGCAUUCGCAAGUCAGCGCGCAAGUGGAACAACCAAAAACGUUUCAGUGAGUUCCUGAAGCAGUAUCUGGAGAUGAGCUCUAAGGCCACCGAGUACAACAGCAUGUCAGAGGACCUCACCCAACAUAACGAAGUUUAGCACCUUCACGCCCCUGACAUUUAACUAUUUCCUGAUGUCUUUGCAACGUAUCUUCAUACAAUGGUUUGUAUGUUUAUACAAGAAAAGUUAUUCCUUAUUUUUUUGUCCGUUCUCCUACGAAUGUCCAGCAACACGUGUCAAUUUCCACUCAUUACAGGUAUUUCAGAGGAAACAUGGUUUGCUUUAGGCCUCAUAAGUUCUGGUUUUAGUUUAAGAAAAGGUGACAUUUGGGAUAAAGCAACUACCGAAUAGGCAAAGUUACGGGACAAAUAAGUCAUUGUUUGGGUUGAAAUUAAUUACGGCGUGGUUGAAACUAAAGUACGGAAGUAACAAUCAAUGUUUGGGUCACAAUAGACAUAAACAUAGGUGGAAUACAUCCAAAUUGAUUUCAUGAAUAUUAACAUAACAUAUCACUUUUUACUUUACACGUUUACACCACUGACAUUAAACUAUUUCCUUGUGUCUCGGUGUCAAUUAACGUUCAGUUAAGUCUUUUUAAACAAAGGAAAAAACUUGGUUUGGUUCAGGCUACAACAUUUCUUGGUUAGGUUUAGGAAAAUCGUCAGGUUUACCAAAUUUGCAAAGUUACGUCACUGUUUCUAUUAAAUAUUCCUGGUUCAGAAUUGGUGGAAUACAUAUAAAUUGAUUUCAUGGGUAUUACAGCUGAACUCCUUACGCCACUCACAUGAAACCCUUUCCUGAUGUCUUUCCAACGUAUCCCCCUAAAACAGUUUUAUGUAUGUGUAUACUACGAAUGUCCAGCAACACGUGUCAAUUUACCACUCGUUACAGUUUAGACCACAAAAGUACUUGUUUACUUUUAUGAAAGUGUGAAGGUUAGGGUAAAAAUGUGCAGAAUUGGCCAAGUUACGUGACAAAUAAGUCAACAAUAAUUGCAGAAGUGUCACUACUAAAGUACAGAAGUUACUCUUGUGUCAAAUCGGACACAAACCUUUUUCUUCUUGGUGAAAGUCUUGUCUCCAUCCAUCCGUGCCGGCCUCCUCCCUACGCAGAACUCUUGGUUUUUAUACUUUCUGGCUCGUAAUUAAGGUACACAUUCAAAUUGAUUUCAUGGGAUAUACACAAACUACAUUACUUUUGGAGGUAAAGCUACAAGUAGGCUAUGAGAACAGCAUGUUACCUCCCUCAUUCUUGUUGCGUUAUUUAUUUAUUUUGGUGUCACCAAAGUACUAAUCAGUAAUUUACCAAAAAAUAAGCCUAAGAUUCUCAUUGUAUGCCUCUGAAGACGAUAUGAUUGCCCUAUUUUUUCAAUACCUCAUAAUAAGGAUGCAAUCAAUUAGCCUUGAAUUAUCAAACUAUUAUUAUAACUCUCUAGGAGAAAUGUAGAAAUGUCUCCUUUCUGCACCCUGAGUCUUUGAGACCUCCCAGGUAUUACCUCUAGAUGUACCAGGUAAAUAACCAUGUUUGAUUCGAAUAACUACCCAAGUCCUUAUACGAUCAGCUUUAAAGCACUUUGGAAUUUGUCCUGCAGAAGUGUGCUGUAUAAUACAGCAUUUAUUUCUUUUCAGACCCUAAAAGCCAAAGGUUUUAAUAUUGAGAUAAAAAAAAAAAACGCAAUUUAGCUCAUUUUGGUUCAAGAGACAAAUCACAAAGAUAUGUUUUCUCUCAAUUAAGUUAGUCAUUUUUACUUUUUCACUUGUCCCUUGCAGUGUUUUAAUGUUUCCUACAAGACGUACUUUACAAAGCAUAAUUUGGUUGUAAAAUAAUUGUACAUUUUCUUUUUAAUUUUCGAUAAUUGGAAAAAAUCUCCCGACAGCUUCAUGUCUUUCAAUCAUUUUUGACAACAUAAUAUCCGCCUCAAAGAGUGCCAUCUUUCUUUAAAGUAUGGGCAAGAGUUGAAAAUUAAAAAGACCAAUGAGUUAAAAUUAGCAAUUUGAAACAUCUUUCUAAAAUUGUUAAUAUAUUAUAUUAUUAACAAUGAAAAAAAACGACAUCCUUAUGAAGAGCAGACACAAUUAUAUUAAUACAUUUGACCUUUUAACUCCCACAAAAUGAAUUUCCCACUAUUAAAAAAGACACAGUAUUUUAAUUAAGCUUUAAUAUCAAAAGUGAAUUGGCGUAUCUCAGGACGUUAAUAUCAUUUUUUAUAACGUUUAUUUCCCAAAUUCAUUACUGUGCUGGGUCAUCUGUACAAAUUACCAACUCUUCUUACAUCUUUACUACGCUACCAUCUUGUGGCAAAAUGCAGUCUCUUUCAAAGGACAAUACCAGUGGGUUGUUUUUUCAUGUUGUUGCAUUUUGGUUAGGGUAAUGUCGGCAGUAAUGUAAAGUAUAGUGUAUGUGAUGUGUGGUCAAUAAGUGAAAACAUGCAAGAACACAACUAGAAGUCACUGAUUUAUCACUGUGCCAAAACACCUGAAACAAGGCUACUGACGCAGGUUUAAUACAAAAAAUGUCUUCUUUAAAAUGGAAGUUUAUACUCAGCACUUUUUCUGCAUUUUCUGAUCUGUGUGCUAAACUGAUGUUAUGUACAAGUGAGCAUCGUCGUUGUGUCCGGAUGCCAGUGUGUACAAACUUUAUAUUAUUUUUCUUCAAACUAUAAUGGUGUGAAAUGUUGCCCACUAUGAUAACUUGUAAAUAGCAUUUAAAAAUGUCAAUAAAAUAGUUUACUAUUUC